GUGAUGUCUUAGUCCACUAUACAUAGCUGCUGUUGUUAAAUGAGACCAGUGUAAUAAGCUAAACAAAGAGGUAAAGGCGGGCAGCUUAUUGGCUUUCUUUUGAGUUUUUAAGGUUAAAAUUUUGAAGAAAAAUGCCGAUUUCGAGAAUAGCUGUCGGAUCUCUGGCCGAGGCUAGUCAGCCGGAAGCCCUCAAGGCCACCCUGGCCGAGUUCAUUUCGAUGUUGAUUUUUGUUUUUGCUGGUGAAGGUUCUGGCAUGGCUUUCGCAAAGCUUACAAACAAUGGAUCGACCACGCCAACUGGCCUAAUUGCUGAGGCGAUAGCGCACGCUUUUGCACUUUUCGUGGCGGUUUCGGUCGGUGCUAACAUCUCUGGCGGCCACGUAAACCCUGCUGUCACCUUUGGUGCCUUUGUUGGUGGUCACAUCACAUUGAUUAGGAGCAUCCUGUACUGGAUAGCCCAAUUACUUGGAUCUGUUGUUGCAUGCUUGCUUCUUAGGUUAGCCACAGGCGGACUCGAAACAUCAGCUUUUGCACUUUCAUCUGGAGUGACAGUUUGGAAUGCAGUUGUUUUUGAGAUAGUGAUGACCUUUGGACUCGUUUACACAGUUUAUGCUACUGCAGUGGAUCCAAAGAGGGGUAACUUAGGGAUCAUUGCCCCCAUUGCCAUUGGCUUCAUUGUAGGUGCUAACAUCUUAGCCGGUGGUGCCUUCGAUGGUGCAUCCAUGAACCCCGCCGUGUCUUUUGGCCCUGCUGUGGUCAGCUGGACAUGGGACAACCACUGGGUAUUCUGGCUCGGCCCAUUUGUCGGUGCUGGAAUUGCUGCUCUGAUCUAUGACAUCUUGUUCAUUAACCAAAGCCAUGAACAACUCCGUACUAGUGCAGAAUACUAAGAAUCCAUCUCUGCUUUCAUCAAGUAUUAGGAACUAUGUGCAAUGUUUGUUUUCAUUUUCUAAUGCCCAUUUAAAGCCUCGGGCUUUUAAUUGAUGUUAUCGUUUGUCUUGCUUCUUUGGAAUUCAAGUUUUCUUAUUUGAUGUUCUCCAAUAUCA